GAAAAAAAAAAUAAUCAGUAUGCUCAAAAACAUGAAGCAGCAAAUGCAAAAAUUAGCUGUAUCUCUAUGGAAGAUUUUUUUUCUAUUUUGGAAACCAUGAAACAUCAAAAUAUAGAAAACUUUAAACAAACUAUUAGUAUUCAUGAAUAUGCCCCAAUUGAUCCAAAAGAGAUUGCAUCACAUAUUAAAGAUCCUAAGAAACGCGAAGAUCCUACAAAGCAUAAAGAUCAUUUGCCGAUGCAAAGAUUUCAUUGCGGGGGUUGGCUAACAAUCACUAUUAAUACUAAAAAAAAUCAAGUUAAUAUUAAAUUAACUCACGAAUAUCAUACUGAAUAUAUUGAUGUGCAUGUUACAAAUGAAGUAAAAGAAUAUAUUCAAAAUAAUAUUCAGCAAACUCCUCGAAUGUUAUGGGAAAAUAUCUGCGCAAAAAAUAUAAAUAUUACUGAAAAACAAAUAUAUCGUUGGUGGAUGAAUUUUAAUCAGUAUAUUUGGAAAAAAGAUGAAGACCAAAUAUACUCAGCUAUUAAAAUUAUAUCAGCGUAUAAGGAUAUUGAAAUAAUGAUGCAUAGAGUCGAUAAUGAAGUUACUUUAAUUUGUUUUGGGAUUACAGAGAUAAUCCAUUGUCUAGGAGUAAAUAUAGCCGAAAUUGGUGUAGAUGCAAUAU